AUGCAUAUCGACCACGUCAGUGUAUUUUUGACCAGUCCCACAACUGCGAUUGAUUACCCGGCCUUCAUCGCAUCGAUCAUCUACAGAUUCACAACCAACAUCCUUCUUCAUAACCCAGCAUCAAGCUGGGCACAUAAUGAAAGGUUAAAAUCAAAAAUUGCGCCCCCUAUGGCCCCGAAGGACAAUAGAGCAAGGAAACGACUCCGCGAUGUGCAAUGCAGGCCUUCCAUGCUGAAGAAGCCAAUUUGUGAGCUGGCUUCCUCGGAACAAGUCGUGGCGCAGGCCUACCUUCUACUUUGA